GAGUCAAUAUCUGCCAUGCCUGUCUAUAAAGAUAAAAGUCAUGAGGAGCUGAGAUGGGAGGAUUAUCAGUUGGGAGGUAAAGGCGGAUCACUUCCUGCUGGUCAGUUUGCUGGGGGAAUUAGCUUUGGUGUAUCAGCUGCUCCAUCAAGCCCUUUCGCUCCUUCAUCAGUAUUUUGGCAGUCAAAUUUUGGGGGCCAAUGUGGUGGAAGUAGAGUGGCUACUUACACACCUACGACUGAAGCAGAUACUGGCAGUGGUAGAGCACUUCUUGCUGGUCAGUCUGCUGGGGGAUAUCAGCUUUCUCUAAACUUAGAAUUGAAGAUGAUGAUAACAAAAUUGGAUAAUUUAAGAUAAUAAUUGGGCCUAAACGAUGAUUUUGAGCAUAAAUGAC